AUGGCCACCUAUGGCGCCCAGGCACCCAAUGCGACGAGCCCGGCCUCCUCAUCCGGCCCGUCGCUGCCCGGCGGGAGCUCCUCUACCGCCGCCGCCGCCGGUGCCAGCGCAGCCAGCGGAGCAGCCGCGCCUGGCAGCACCCAGGCUGCCCAGCAUAAGCGCGUCUAUCAGGCUUGCAUCCCCUGCCGCCGGCGCAAGGUGCGGUGCGACCUCGGCAGCGUCGAUAAUCCCCACGAACCGCCCUGUGUGCGUUGUCGCCGUGAGAGCAAGGAGUGUUUUUUCAGCGCCACGAGACGCAAGCGCAAGACCGAGGAUGGCAUUGACAUCAACGACGACAUUGACGCCGACGAUUACAUUAUGCGCAAUGGCCGAAAGCGACUAAACACCAACGAUAGCCAGCAUGUUCCCGUUGACCGCUCCGUCUAUAACGAUGUGCCCCUGACCCCCGGAGGCAGCCUCGGCAGGGAAAGGCCGUUGUCGCGUCCCGAUGGUUCCCGCCUCGCUGCGACUCCCAGCACGACUGUCAGUCAGUCUGGCAGCAGGCGCGUCGGCGAAUAUGCCGCGGAGGAGGAGUCGAAUGCCCAUAUGGAGAAUAGAGAGGCCCAGGACGUGCUGCGCACCGGUGUUUAUGGCCCGCAUGAUGCUCUAGACCUGCUCUAUAAAGCGGCUACAGACAACUCACUGCCGGCCCACAAACGUCACGAGAGCACGGCGUCGCUUACAUCCAUCCAACAACCGCUACCCCUUGUCAACCCCAAUGUAGUUGGAAGACCGACACCGCCUGGCCGCCGACCGACAUUCUCCGUCAAGCAAGAACAGCAGCCAAUAGACCCCAAUCUCGCGCGGCCUCGCGAUCUUUCCGCCGAACCUGGUUAUGCCAGCGCCGUCAAGGCCUGGCAGAGGUUCAGGUUCGUCAGAGCUGGCUGGUUCACCGCACAAGAGGCCAUUGAAUACAUCGACUACUACUACGAGUACCUGUCGCCGCUGACGCCCAUAUCCCCACCCACCUUUCGCAACCCUGCCUCCCACUUAACUCUUCUCACCGAAGAGCCCAUCCUUACAGUCACGCUGCUGACCAUCUCGUCACGCUACCGAAAGAUCCCUGGCACCGGAGGCCACUGCCGUUCGCACGCCAUCCACGAGCAGCUAUGGAACUACCUGCGCGGCAUGAUUGAGCGCUGUCUGUGGGGCCAGGAGGCCUUUGGUGGCGGGUUUGUGAGCAUGACUACCGGCGCUAGUGCCCCCGGCGUUGCUGCUGCAAUUGGAGGGGAGGACCAAACCAGCAGCACGGCGCCUUGGCGCGGCAUGAGAAAAGGCAGCCUGCGCACCCUGGGAACCAUCGAAUCGCUCAUGAUCCUGACAGAGUGGCAUCCUCGUGCUCUGCACUUUCCCCCGGACGAGGCUAUCGACGAACUGAUGCUGCCGUCCUACGAAGGCGGCGACCUCAUCAGCACAGACGAGAACGGUAAUCAACGCCCCUCUGCCGGCAUUGGCGGCCGGCGCAUCGAGAGUUGGCUCGAGCCGGCGUGGAGAAGUGACCGUAUGUGCUGGAUGCUGCUCAGCACGGCCAACGGCCUCGCCUACGAGCUGGGUGUCUUUGACGAUAUCGAGGAGAUGUUACGCAGUGGCGCCAUUUCGCGUCCCGAGUAUGAGGAGGAAUCGUACCGCCAGCGUGCGAACCGUAUCAAGAGGCUGCUGCUCAUCUACCUCUCCCAGCUUGCCGGUCGACUUGGCUGGACAAACAUGGUGCCCGAGGCGUUGCGCAAGAGCGACCCAGCCGUCUCCCGCAAGCGGCCUGGCGGCUCUGUCGAGGGUGGCACGACACCCGGCACGAACCCGUCGUCUUUCUCCAACGCGUUCAACUACAUUCCCGACCUGGAGCUCGACGACCAGAUGAUUCACUGCUGGGCUGGCAUCAGCAAUCUCAUGUUUCUUGGCAACGAAAAGCUUUUUCGCAACCGGAGGCACACAACCGACAUCAUUCAGAGUGGCAAGUAUACAGAGCUUCUGCAGGAGUUCAGGCCUCUGCUGGCGGACUGGUACAAGGAGUUUGAGCGCUUCCGCUUGCCGCCCUUCAUCCGCCACGUCCUGACGAUCGAGUACGAGUAUGUGCGUAUCUACGUCAACUCAUUGUCGCUGCAAGCUGUCGUUGAGCGAUCGGCGAGCCAUGCAGGAAACACUGUGCACGCGGCCCAAGGCGGGUCCUUUGCUGGCGCAGCUCAGCUGUCGCCCCAGACGCAAAACUAUUUUGGAAAGCUGCCUCUCGGUCAGCUUGGCGGCUUUGGUGCAACCGACCAAGAGUGCAUCAGGGAAGUCAUCAGUGGGUGUCGCAACCUCCUGAGGACUGUGGUCGAGGGCCUGCUACCUGGUGACUACCUGAAGCAUGCGCCCGUUCGGACGUAUUUCCGCAUCAUCAGCGGAGCCAUGUUUUUGCUGAAGACGUUUGCGCUGGGCGCCCCGCGUUCCGACGUCAAGAUGAGUAUUGAUUUGAUGGACUCGACGGUCGAGGCACUACGAAAUUGCGUCGUCGACGAUGUUCAUCUCGGCAUACGUUUUGCGGAUCUGCUCGAGUCUCUCACCAGCAGGCUGCGCACCCGAUUCAUCCAGGCCCCUACUCUCGGGCACUCCGGGGGCGACGGCCGCAGCCCGGAACCCACUGCUCAUGGCGUUCACGGGCAUGGGGCCAACGGCGAGGGCCAAAACUGGUCUUCCCACGCCAACAGGCUCCGUGAUGGACUCAGUGCACCAGAUGACAUCGCGGCCAAUAUCUCGGCGACGCCCUUUGACGUUAGCGCCGGGAACUUUCCAUACCCUUCGGGUUCAGCCUCGGGUCUCAACCCCUCGACACCGGCACCCCCCAUCGAUCACCCAACGGUGGACAUGUUUGAUUCGUCCGAAUGGGGGAACCCGGGCAAUGAGAUGUGGUACCUGCCGCCAGGUGCGGCCUUCUUCCAGAACAUGGAGAACGGCGUGGCCAUGACGUCCGAGGGGUUGAACGUUGGCGGGGUCGACCUACUGGAGUAUAUGGCCAUGGAUCCGCAAUUCCCGGUCAUGGACGGGGCAAACUAUGGUGCAUGA